ACGGUGUGACAGAGUAUUUAGGUCCGUAAUUUUAAAGUUGUAUAAUAUCGUUAAAAAGUUAAGGAAUUACUACAAAAAUAUGCACGAAUGAAGGAGAAAUGUCUACACUACAGAUUGAAACAUAGUGAUAAAGUGAAACAUACCUGUGAUUGUUGCAGAUCAACAAUCUGCCGCCGGAGACCUCACUACGUUAACCACCAAGUUUUACAAUGGCGUCCGAUUGAGAAUACCUAUCAAGAAUUUAAGUUGGGACAAAAUUUUCACAAACGUUAUUUAUUUUAUUAGUAGUUUUCAAAAAACUUAUAUAAUUUUUAGUUUGUAUUUAGUGAUAAAUAUCAGUGGUGUACAUUCAAAAUGUUAAAUUAUUAGUUUUAAAUCUCUCAAAUGUUAACGUGGUCUACGUCCGGUCGCCGCUGUCAUAGCGCUAUCCCUUUCCCACUCACGCACUUAGACGGAGCUCUGCUCUCCGUCGUGCUUUCUCGCGCGCAGUCGGAACAUCCGUUCAAUGGCUGGAGGGCAAGAAAAAUGGUAUUUUACAAAAGAACAAUUAGUGAAUUCUCCAAGCAGAAAAUGCGGUUUAGAUGCAGAUAAAGAAUUAGCAUAUCGGCAGCAGGCCGCAAAUUUAAUACAGGAUAUGGGACAGAGGCUUCAAGUCUCUCAACUAUGUAUAAACACGGCAAUAGUGUAUAUGCACAGGUUCUAUGCGUUCCACUCCUUCACGCAGUUCCACAGAAACGCUAUAGCGGCGGCUGCCUUGUUCCUCGCCGCAAAGGUGGAGGAACAACCAAGAAAAUUAGAAUAUGUAAUAAAAGUAGCACACGUUUGCCUCCACCGAGGUGAGAGUGUCAACGGACUGACGCCUGAACAAUACCAAGAACAGGCGCAGGACCUGGUAUUCAACGAGAACGUUCUCCUACAGACGUUAGGUUUCGAUGUCGCUAUCGACCACCCGCACACGCAUGUCGUGCGCACAUGUCACCUUGUCAAAGCGCCGAAAGAUCUCGCUCAGACGUCGUAUUUCAUGGCAUCGAACAGCUUACAUUUGACGACGAUGUGCCUGCAAUACAGGCCGACUGUUGUUGCCUGUUUCUGUAUACAUUUAGCGUCGAAAUGGAGCAAUUGGGCGAUACCUCAGUCAAACGAGGGUCGCCACUGGUUCUCGUACGUGGACCGGUCGGUCACGACGGAUCUCUUGGAGAAGCUUACCGCUGAGUUCCUGCUCAUCUUCGAGAAGUGCCCCUCGAGGCUCAAGCGGAAGAUGAUGAAUGUUAAAGCUGCAGAUGGCAGUUCCCCUCACUCGUUGGCCAACGCCUCAGGGUCGGGUGUGGCCAACUCGCCAUUCGACAAGAAGCACCCGCAGUCCAGUGUCGACGAAAUCGACAAGUCCUUUGAUAAAGAGUACGAGCGUGAGAGAAGACGCCAACCCGUCCCCGGCGGGUAUGUCCCCGCCACCACGGCCGCGCCCCCACAGCCGCAGCCGCAGAAGAUAGACUACAACCUGUACCGAGAGAAGCGGGAGCGGGAGGAGCGCGAGCGGCGCGAGGAGAGGGAGCGGCGGCAGCAGGCGCUGCAGCAGCAGCAGCAGGGCGCGCGGGCCGGUGGAGCGCCCCCGCCCGCCGGGGCCCCCGCGCCCCGCGCCGCGCCCCCGCCGCACCACGCGCGCCAGCCCGCGCACCACCACAAGCCGCACCACCCUUGGCCGCCGCACAAGCCGCACCACAAGCCCCCCCACGACCACCGCCACCACCGCCCGCCCGCGCCCGGCGCGCCCGCGCCCGCGCCCUCCACUUCCGCAGCGCCCCCGGCCGCGGCGGCCGCGCCGGCGCCCGCGCCCGCGCCCGAGCUGCUGCCGCAGCGCACGCGGCCGCCCUCGCUGUUCUCCCCGGAGAACGCCACCACCCCCACCGCCGCAGCCGCCGCCGCGCCCCGCCGGCCGCCACACGCGCCCGCGCGCCCCAAGCCGGAGCCCCGGGCCGCGCCCCCGGCCGCGCCCGCCCCGCAGCCCGCGCCCGCCGCGCCCGCGCCCCCGCAGCCGCAGCCGGACCAGCGCCCGCCCAGCCCACACCGCAAGCGCCCCGACCCCACGGCCGCCAUCCGCGAGAUGCAGCCUCCCGCAAUCCUCUCUCCGUUCUCCUCGCCGCCUUCUAAAGAAAUGCCUAAGCAGCCCCGACAGAGGCAACAAUCCAGUAGUUCCGAGCCAGAACUCGUCCCGGUUGUCAAAAAGAUUGACGAGACCCCCGGGUACGAGAACGUGAUUCGCGACUCGCAGCGCGGCGCCGCCAUUAAGACGAGGCCGCCGGAGCGCGUACCCGAGCCAGUCAGACCCAUCAACGGGAUCGAAACCGACCCCACCCUAGUAUCAAAUUUACUGAAGGAGAGCUUAGCGAAACCUCCGCCGAUCACAGUGAAGGAUCGCAAGUCUCCCGACGUCAAGCGCGAGUCGAACGCGGACCACUCGGAGUCCGCGGGCGGCGAGGACGGUCACGAACACAAGCAUAAGAAAGAAAAGAAGAAAAAGGACAAACACAAACACAAGGACCGCGACAAAAACAAGGAGGAGAGAAAGAAACACAAGAAGGAUAAGGACAAGAAGAAGGAGAGCCCCGCGGCGGCCGCUCAGGCGGCGCCGGCGCCCGCGGACGCGGACGGCGCGCUGCGGAUCACCAUCCCCAAGGACAAACUGGCGCCCGCCACCAGCCCCGGCCUCAAGAUCAAGAUCCCCAAGGAGCGGCUGACGGCGCCGCCGCCGCCGCCGCACACGUCCAGCCUCAAGAUCAAGAUCUCCCGCGACGUGCUGGACGGCGCGCGCAAGCGGCCCGCGCCCGCGCCCGCCGCGCCGCCCGCCAAGCUGCCGCGACACAACGGAGCGCCGCACAAGGUCGUCGAGCCGGCGUUGGGGAACGGCCACAUUGGAAAGUGACCUCACUGGCUUCCCAUCCCGGAUAGCGCUUCGUGUGUCGACGUUCCUCAAGCAACAACUAUCGGACCUCAUAGUGUAGUGUAACUACGGUUAACGUUUUUUUUUUCACUGUUUAACUGUUUUUUUUCCCCUUCUCAUUUUUUUUUCGCCUCGAUUUUGGCUUUGUAUUAUAAUAUCACUGUUAACAGCACUGUAAAUAUGUGUUCGACUGAUUGUUUUUAAGCCAAAAUCGUGGUUCAAUGGCGGGUCAUAGGUGCGGGGGAGCUAGCUAUACUAAUAAAACGGCAUUUGACGCCGUCACCCACCCUGCAGGGACGAAAUGGGGGUCGAUAUUCAAUACAUAUUUCGGUGUCAUAUUUUUUAACAAAGAAGUAUAAAUUCUUAUUUGGUUUUUUUUUUGUGGAAGUCAUUUUUGACAUUUCUUUUCUACACAUUUGAAUAGUUACUAUAUAAAUGCAAAUCUAUUCUAAAAUAGCUCGCUGUUAUUAAUAAGUAAGUACCUUAAUUAUGGGAAAGAAAAAAAUAUUUGCACAUAAUACACAUGCUUCAAUAGAAAAGUUUAAAAAAAAUGAAUAUACAUUUUUAUCAUAAAAUAUGGCACUGAUCUAUUAUUUGUUUCAACAAAAUCGACAGCACACCGGAGGUUACUAAAUAAAAAAAUAAAACAAAACAUAAAAGUGACAAAAAUGCUAACACUCCGAUUGGCUGGCGAUAGUGACUGUUGUUUGUAAAAUGGUGAGAUUUUUAAAAAAUAAUUUAUAUUGUAAGUGUAUAUUUUGUAGGUAUUAGGGCCUGUCUAGAUUUUUAUAGUAUUUUUUUCCUAUUCUGGCUGGCCCAACACUUAUCGUACGAUCCGAAAGCAGUGACAUCGGACCACUUCGGAGAACCGAACAUUGCCGAAGACGCCAUGCUGUGACGUCUCACACGCGGAGUACCCCGGUGUCACUGCUGCUCGUAUCGAUAGUGUCGAUAAAAUUAUUCUAUCGAUAUCGAUACUCUACGGUAACAAGCUUACUUUAUGUAUAUGACGAUUCUUAUGAAUAAUUCUGAUUAGGUGUUAAAAAUAAAUUAAAAAAUACAAAACAAAAAAUAUUAUGACGUAGCGUUGUGUGAUUGGACGAAUGAAUUGCAAAAAAAAUAUUAAAUUAAAGCAAAAAGCGAUGUAUAGAUAUCGAGAGUUAGUUUAAGAUGUCGUUAGUUAGACAAUUGUGAAUUUAAUAGUAUCAUUUAGGGUUGUUGCAAGCUGGCGACUAGUCGCUGCGACUUUUUAGGUCAAUAAAUGAAAAUAUUGUAAAUUCAACGAAUAGAAAAUAAGUUUGUAUUGUCGCAUUUACUGUGAAAUAUAAGUUGAAAUACAUUUUUGUACGAGAAAGUAUGAUUUAUCAUGUGAACAUGGUCCCUUCCCCUAAUAAUCGUGAAGAAACUACUAAUAUUUAGAUAAUUAAAUACGUUUUGUCUAGCCAAUAGCGAAACAAUAUUCUAAAUACCUAAAAGAAAUAGAGAGAGAUAGGUUUAGGUACUGCUGCGACUAGUCGCAACUGCGUUUUAAAGUCGCAAGCGAGCAAGUCUUAUCGAUAUGUAAAAGUUAAAAAUGGUGGAUAAGUGUUAUUGUUAAUAGAAUAUUUUCUUGAACAACUAGUGAGGCCAUUUUUAUGCUGUUCUUUAACGUUAUACUUAUCGAUGCGAUUUAAACUUAAGACUAAAAAUAAAGCGGCUAAAAGUCUAGAAGCACUGCGAUUAGUCGCGAACGCGAACUGUCGCCCAACAUGUAACAACUCGACUCUUUUUUUUUAGUUAGACGUUAGCGAUUUGUUAAAAAAAAAUAUUGUUAAUUUCUUUUCUAAGGCUAGAUAUUGUAAGUGUACAUAAUUUUUGUGUAUCAAGUAGAUUGAACGCGCUAGCCUUCGCACCUACUUCGUUUUGGCUUCAAAACGUACCGCCGUUUCGAACAAAGAGUGUGUUCAGAUUGACAAUUAUUGGGCUUAGGCUGCAUGCACACUAGGCUAAACGAUUCUUUUAUUUGCGACUUACUCGCGAGCAUCGAUUUGCUUAUGUGUGCUUACCCUUAUAUGAGGGUAGAAGAAAAUACUAUUCAAUUAAAUUUUUUUAUAAUUGAUUUCCAUAAAAAUAUGUGCACGGAGAUUUAAUCAAUUUUACCUCAAAACAUUCGCUGGGAUGUAUCUUUCUUUAGCAAAAUUUGCGCCUCUAUUGCGCGAUAAUUGCCUCGACCCGCUCUCUGAACACACUCCAAUUUAGUCAAUGUAUUUAUGAAAAAAAAAAUGGUAAUUUUGUAUAAAGUUAAACAUAUUAGUAAAGAAUCGGCCAGGUUUCUUAAUAUGUGAAAAAUGUGAUAUAAUAAUGUUUCGAUUCAGGUAAAUAAUGGUUGUAAACUUAUAUAUUGUUGUAUUGUCUAUACGUAAGUUGAUUUUAUUACGAAAAUAAUGAUUUUAGUCCAGUUUUAGCAGAAACACUAAAUUCAAUACUACCAACGAAACACUAAGUUAGAUAAAUAUUUAAACAUUAUUAUGCUUUCUAAGGAAUAUGUCAAUUAAGACAUUCAUCCAAUAAUUUAGCUGUUGAACACAAACAAAAUCUUGAUAGUUAGUAGUCUUAGCUCUCAGGGUACCAAACAUUAAUAAAUAAUCUAAAAAAACGCGUUAUAAAAUAAGUUUUAAAGGAAACAAUAUAAAUAUCAGAAUAAACUAAACACUCUUUCAAGUCACUAAAACUGGACUAAAUAUUAUUAAAACGCAAGACUUACCCGAAACGUUGUAGAAAGCUUUCUACAUAUAAUUGUUACUGUAAAACGUUACUGUAGCCGUUUUGUAAAUUUAGCUAAGAAACGACCGCUUCUUAAACGUCUUAUAGUAAAAUCAACUAUAACCACUUAUGAUAGAGGUGAUUUUGAAUUGUUGCCUACUUGGAAAGAAGUUAAUACUUGCUUUGGAAUAAAUCUUGGAGGAGAAUUUAGCACUAUUCAGCUUAUGUCCAAAGAAAACGCCGAUUUUGUAAAGAGACCCUCUCAAUACCUUUAUACCUAUACCUUUAGCCUCAUAGCUGAAUAGAGUUUAUAUGUUUGUUGAGCCACUAUCUUCUUACUAAAUGUUAUGCCUACUUUACUUUUGGUCUCCAAUACUCUGAUCAAUAUUUCGAAUCUACUCAUCUCAAAUGUGAUUGGUUGACAAAAGGAUUUACAACCAAUCUAGAGUGAAGUUUAAUAGUGGGUUAAAAUUUUGCGUAUUCAGUAGUCUUUUAGAAGGCAGUGGAACAAGCAUUUUAACUUUUAGGAAUAGUGAAUAAAAACUUUAGUAAAAGGGCGCUAGUUUACUUGAAAGCUAAAUUUCCAAAAGCUACAGAAACAGGCUUACAAAAUAUUUAUACAAAUGAACUUGGCAAUACUCAGGUUUUGCGAUAAACAAUGUUUUUAAAUUGCUGGUCGUAUAGGUGACAAUUUUGAUUAGCAAUGAGUUUUGGGUGGACUCACAAUUAAACAAACAUGUUCAAAAUAUCUUCAGGAGGCAAGGUUAGACAGAGGUAAAAAGUAGGCAACCUGCUAUAAGCUCUAAUAGGAAUUUGAGAUAGCGGAAAAAGCAGCAUCUUUAUCGGGGAAAAUAUUACAAAUCAAUUUGAAUCUUAUUGACGUGACUAAAAAGUUCACAGUCAGAAAGCAAAGGAGCAAGCGAGGUGCCAAAAGACUUCUAGCGACUCAAGACCCCACGCUCUAUCAUUUGAUCAUACUCUAUUCUUUCUACUACCCUUACUAGCAAUUGUUGUAUUUGUGGGAUCCUAACAGCCCACACAACAGUACAAAUCUUACAGUGGCAUCUCUCUUCCUCAAAUGAGGUGGUGUUCCUCCAGAUUGUUUUUGUACGAGCCUUACUUCCACAACUGCAAUAUGUAGGCUCUUAUUUUCAGAGCUUAUAUAGUACAGGUAUUACUGUAAUGUGGAGUUUGUUGAAUGAAAUGGCUUAAAAAAGAAGGCAAAAUAUAGCUUGAUAUUAUAGGCAAUCAAAUUUGCUGAAUAUAGUAGGAACUGGGUAAAUAUGUAAUAAGACAGACAAGUGUUGGAAAAAGGGGAGGCCUACAAUAUAUAUACUCAGUACCUAGUUAGUGUUUACGGGCGGCUGAAAAUCGCUGAUUCAAACGAAUCAUAAAGGAAGGUGUUGAGCUUGAAAAAAAUGUAUGUUUUUUGUUUGACAAAAAGUAAAUAGUAAAAUAGCAAGGAAUCCAGCAAUACGGGUAAAUUAAAAUAAAUGAGUUCACCCAAACUCACAUUAGCCAUUUAUAUAAAAAUAUAUACAUAAGCAAACUUAAGACUUCGAACUUUCAAUAUAUUCAAAAGUUUAAAAUAAUAUCCAAAAAAUUACUAAAACAUAUUUAUGAAACAAUAUCUUAUAAAUUGGGGCGAAAUGCGCCUUAUAGUCUAAGUGAUAAAAACACUAGUACGUUUCCUGACACUUCCUGUAUUUUUAUAAGAAAUGUAAAUAGCUCGGAAUAAUAAUUAUAAUUAAUAGGCUUCCAUUUCAUAUGUCGAAAUAUUUAGAUAGCAAAAAAAAUGACCAUUCAAGCAUGUUGUUAUUACAAAAGGGAUAAACAAAAAUCUAGUAAAACUAUCCAUUUUGAUGUCAAAUAAAGUCUGAUUUUAUUGUUCGGAAAACCGG